CUAAACUUUACAGGAGAUUGCAAUCACAGGUUUUGUUAACAUCACUGAACGCCAAAUAAACAAAAUUAUAACUCGGAUCUCAAUUCCUCUUAAUUCAUCCCGUAUCAAUCAGUUCCUCUUGAUCUAGCAAGGACAAUACUUACCUGCCUUAAGAUUCCAUUACUGCACAAGUAACAGUCAACAACUAUCUUAUCUGCAGGUGGAACGUGAUUCUUUAAGAAUCAUACAUCUCCCCAGUUGAAGAGUACCCCUUGUUUCCAAUAACAUCUACAUUGAUGUCGGUUGAUUUUCGUCAAAGUCUCAACUGUCUACGUUUCCCAUCUCGAUACAUAACGGUAUCGAGAACCCAGCUCUCGAUAGUCCAUACAGGCGAUUUAAAUAGGCCAGCUAAUAAACCGGAUUCUUGUUCGUUUUCGAUCUUCCCGAGUGCUCCGAGUUUGCCAUGUUAACAUACCAUACUGCAGAAUUACCCCGAAAUCUUAAGAGAUUUCAUCAAUAAACCGCAAUCAUGGCGCAUGUUAUUAAUAAUAAUAAUUCGACACUGAUUCUUGAGAAGAAGCGCAGCCUUUCUCCGGCUACGAUGGAGGAAGUCCGUGUAGUAGGUAUUUCUGAAUAUGAGGGAGCAGCUCAGUGUCUCGCUGAAGCUUUUGCUACAGACGAAGUGGCAAGAUACUUCAUUGACACCGAUGACAUGAGUUCUUAUUCCGAGAAAUACAAAUGGAAGCUUCAUUGCGAUAUUCUCAAGUACAUGACUGCUGCUCAUUGCUACAAAGGCAUAGUGACGACCAUCGGUCCAAACUAUGAUGCAGUCGCUCUAUGGUACGCCCAACAACCGUUCAAAAUCUUAGAAAUGACGAAUUAACAAAAUCAACAGGAUGCCCCCUGGUCAAGACAUGGACGACUGGCUCACCUUUUUCCGCAGCGGUCUCUGGAAACUCUACUUUAAACUUUCCGCCGAAGGCCGAAGACGUUUCUACGAUGAAUUCAUGCCCCUCCUUCACCACACCAUCGAUCAUGUCAUGGGCGAGCGCAACAACAACUUCUACUACCUCGUCUAUCUCGGCAGUAAACCCAGCGCUAGAGGAAAAGGAUACGCGAAGAAAUUAAUCCAGCAUAUGACUGAUCGAGCAGAUCGCGAAAAUUGUCCUACGUAUCUAGAGUCGAGCGCCGAGAUCAAUUUGAGCUAUUACCGCAAGCUGGGUUUUGAGUGGAAGACGGAUAUUUUGAUGGAGCGGGGCAUCAAGCCUGUUAAGAUGCAGAUUAUGGUUAGAGAGCCGAGAUUCGUCGGAGAGAGCUCCAAUGGAAAGGAGGAUGUGGAGAUUAGGAUGAUUGAGUGAUCUGGUGUCUUCGCUUUGUGGUGUCACCGAGUAUUGGAUUUAUUUAUGAAUUUGACAUUUUUGAAUUUUCUGAAUUUUUCUUGAUAUCUCGGGCUUUUAUUGGAGCCGGAAAUUAGUGCUUUAGUACAAAUCUCAGUUUUCGAAAUCAAGGUGGAGGCUUUAAUCUGGGAUGUUAUCCAUCGAAUAUU